AUCACAGGAAAAUUGACAGAGAAGAACUUAAAGCCUCUGAUUUCAAAGAUAACAGAAAGAAUGAGCUCUUGGGCCUCUAAGAAUUUGUCUUUUGCUGGUAGACUACAGCUUAUCUCUUCUGUCAUCCAGGAAAUAACGACUUUUUGGUGUUCUACCUUCAUAUUACCAAAGAAGGUUAUAAAGGAGGUUGAAAAGUUAUGUGCUGCAUUUUUAUGGCAAAGCUCAACUGAGUCUGCAAGAGGGGCUAAAGUGAAUUGGCUGUCAUUGUGUCACCCUAAGCAAGAGGGUGGUCUGGGUUUGAAGAGUUUGAUGCAUUGGAAUUCUAUAAGAGUUCCUUCUGAUGCAUCAUGGGGUGGGAGGAAACUCCUCAAUCUUAGACAGCAAGCUAGGAAACUCAUUAAACACAUUCCAGGUGAUGGAAAGGACAUAUAUUUGUGGCAUGAUAACUGGCACCCUUCAGGGCCUCUAGUUGAAAAUUUUGGUGCACGAAUUGUCCAAGAUUCUGGGUUUUCUUCCCAAGCCAAGCUAGAGGUGGUGGUUAAUGGUAAUUUUUGGAAACGGCCACCAACUCACUCACCUCAAUUGCUAGACAUUCAAAUUGCUUUAUGUGACAGACUAUAUCCUAAGAAAAGGGACAAGGAUACUGUUAUAUGGAUCCCUUCAACUUCAAGGACAUACACUACAGGGAGAACAUGGCACUGGAUCAAAAGUAAGCAGUCCAAGGUUCCUUGGCAUAGGCUGGUUUGGUUUUCUCGGCAAAUACCAAAACAUAGCUUUAUUAGUUGGCUAGCCAUAUUGGACAGGUUAACAACCAAAGCAAGGCAAAAGAAAUGGUCCCCUAACAUAGAUGACACUUGUGUCCUAUGCAACAAUGGAUCAGAAACUGUUGAGCACCUCUUCUUUAAGUGUACCUAUGCAAAAUGUGUGUGGAAGAGUUUGAGUGCCAUGUCUGAAAUUCCUUAUUUGGAUUCUUGGCAACAGCUUGUGUUAUGGAUGGGGAAACGAAUAAGAAGAAAGUCUUUGUAUCAAACACUCAUCAAGUUAAUGUGGAAUGCUGCAGUCUACCAUGUUUGGAUGGAAAGGAAUAGGAGAAUCCACCAACAUGUCUACAAGACAACAGGAGAAUCCACCAACAUGUCUACAAGACAACAGAUGUAGUGUGUGAAGAGAUUUGUUUUGACGUGAGACACAAACUUUUGGAAAAUGCUAGGCCUUUUCCCUCUAUUUUAAGUGCAUCAAUUGCUUUAAAAUGGGGUUUUUGAGAUUGUUGUAUAGAGCGUAGUUUUUUUGUUUUGUAGUAGCAACAAGUUGCUGCCGAACUUUUUGUACAAAUAGUUUUACGGAUAAAUAUAAUUUUCACAUUUUA